ACCAAACCCAUACAACAAGCUGAUCUGUUCACGACAUCUUUGACUGUAGGAGCCAGUAUUUAGGUAUCUAUUGACUUAGCCAUCAAUUCAAAGAAAAACAAUAAUGAGAUUAGCUCGUCUGCUCAUGGUGUUCGUUUUAACAAACAACUUUAUUCCGGCAAUUUUUUCACAAAAACCAUGCAUCAGUGUGCUGCAAGUGCAAGAAUAUAAUUACGACCCCGACAACACCAUACGUCCAAGUUACCUUCAUCCUCCAGUCAAGAAAGACUGCUAUCAACUACUUCAACUUCACAUUUACAAUGGACAAGAGUGGGAUAUACCUGUCACGUCUACAUUGCUCGUGAAUGACGAAUCUGCAGUUUUAAUCGAUGUUCAGGAUACGUAUAAAGGCUCAUUGAUAGUAAAUCACAUCAUAGAAUCGGCCAAAAAACCGCUCAAGUUGGUAAUCAUUUCAUGUCCAGAACUUGAAGAUGAAGCUGCCAUUCAGGAUAUUAAGUGGCGUUACCCAGGUGUAGAAAUUACGACAUUGCCUACAGAGAUAUACUGUUCGCGGAAAAUCAAUACAAACCACACUAAAUUACCAGAAAGGUUCGCUGCACCUAUCAUCACCCAGGCUAAUUUUUCUAUCGAUGGCUUACACAUAGAAACGCGUAACAGAGAUUCUUACGGAGCUUACGUAUGGCUCCCCGAGAAUGACAUUAUUAUUGGAAGUGUUGGUAUUUAUUGGGGUAUGCACGUACUCGUUGUUAAUGCGCGAGAUAAAGAAAUUCGUUUGAAGUGGCAGAAUACUCUUGAGGAAAUGAUCGCGCUCGAACCAGUGGAUGUGAUUCCGGGACAUUAUUUUGGCUUGCAUCCAAAGGGUGACGCGGCUAUCAGAUUCACGCUUGAAUAUUUGAGGAAAUUUGAGAGUUUGCUGAUUGAAAAUGAUUACAGGAAUUCUGCGGGUGUGAUUCGUGGCAUGUUGCUUGCGUAUCCAGAUCUUAAGGUUGCACGUAAUUUAAUUAUUAGUGCACAAGUUAUUGCUAGAGACUAGAGAGAUGCAGAUGGAGUAUUAUUGAAAUUAAAUUGGGCGAAGUUAUAUUGAGUCUGACUCUACUCUUAUGAUAGGUAUCAACAGGCAGUAUUGAGUAUCACUUGAAAACCUUUUUCGCUUUGUGAUUUAAUCAGAGUUGGCGCGAUUCGAAUCGCGCGAAAGAAUCGAGAAAGAAUCCGAUUCUCACGAUUCGAAUCGGAUUCGAAUCGCGGUUCUUCAAGUCGAAAGAAUCGGAAAACGCAGGAAUCCGAUUCCCUUUUAUAGAGAAUCGCACCUUCUCGAUUCCCUGCGAUUCCUUGCAGGUAUUAUUCACGUGUUGAAACAGUAAAAUGCACUGUUUUUAAUGGCUUUUAGUGAUGCAUUUGCAUUUUGUAGUUUGAGACUGGUGACAUUUUUUUAAAGAUUGGCUGUUGUGUGAUAAUAUUGCAAAUCAGUGAUUCUAUGCAGUGAAAGAAUCGCGCAAUGCAAGAAUCGGAUUCUCUUUAAUGGAGAAUCGCGCCCUCGCGAUUCUCUGCAAUUCCCUACUCACAGCCACAAACGAAAGAAUAGAACAUGAAAAAUGAUCAUAUACCUAGUUGGGGAAAUUACUGAUUUCAUUUAAAAUUCAUUUGUCAAGUCCUGAAGUUGAAAAAAAUUAGUAUUUGGGAAUCGGAAUCGGAGGGAAUCGAGAACCGCUAAAGAAUCGGAUUCAGAACCGGAUUCACUCUGUGAAAGAAUCGAGAGUGGAGAAUCCCGAUUCUCUCAGGUAUGGGAAUCGUAAUUCAGGAAUCCGAUUCUGACGAACCGAGGAAUCGCGCCAACUCUGGAUUUAAUUUCUUUCUCAACAAGCCAACAUGACUCUGUUGUCUAUUCAUCUAUUCAAUUCACUAUUGUAAUAAUUAUUGUAAUAAAAUACAAUAGAAAUUUUAAAAAUAUAACAAAAGUUGUAGUCAAAGGUUAAA